CAGAUCUUUGGGAAUGCGUCUAUUGGACUUGCUAGCAUCGCCCCUUCCCUUCGCACGAUGGCGGUUUGGUCGCAGGCAUGGUACAUCGUCGCAUCUCUCAUCCUCGUUAUACUGGGACAUUGGUCAUUGUUGCUGCACGGUGUUCUUGUGGAGGCCGCUUGGAUCCCUGGAACAGGCUGUGCCAUCACCCAGACAAGUAAUAGAAUUCUGGCCGCGACGUUCAUUUACACGAUAUGUUUCAAUUUCACUGUUCUUACUCUGAUGGCGGUGAAGCUGGGCGUGGGGAGCAGUUCACGUCGUGACCGGUCAAAGAUCGUGAAGCUUACCUUCGACGACGGGCUGUUCUACUGCGUAGUUGCUUUCGGGGCUUAUGUGAUUGCAACUACUUUUAUGUUGGUCAAUCUGAACGCAGUGAUGUCGAUCAUCGCGAACGUUCCCGCAGCAAUCGCGUCCAAUAUCGUCGCUUGCCGUGUUGUGCGGCGGUUGACUAACUAUACCUCCGAAGGUGCUGAAGUGUUCGGGUACAUUCAUCCUGUGGCUACCCCGUGCUAUGUUGAUCUCGUGUUGUAUGUACGUUUAGGACUCAAGCUUCGACGCUCGCAUUCAGCGGUCUUGGUAGUUGCUACAUAA